AUGUCAACAGGUGGUUUUGCUCUUCAUGGUUACAACGAAGGAUCACUUCUCCAAAGAAUGCUAUUGCUGAAAGCAUCAGACUCUUUUGGCGACUGUCUUUCACAUGCUAGCAGUUUAUCAAAUGACCAAAUUGUGAUUGCAGAUUACGGCUCAUCUGAAGGAUUCAACUCAAUGAUCUUUUUAAGUCGAGUUCUUUCUAAAUUCAGAGAGACUUCUCCACAAUCUAUUUUGGUCGUGCACAAUGAUUUGCCUGAUAACAAUUGGGUGAAAACUUUUAAAACCCUUUUAGAGUUUGAAGAAUCUUAUAUAAAGGUCCCAAAUGUCUAUUUUUCAGCUAUCGGACGUUCUUUCUAUGAUCAAGUUUUGCCGAAUAAUUCUGUGCAUCUAGGGUUUUCAUCUGCGGCUCUCCAUUGACUAUCUCGGCCACUUUGUGCUCCUGAUCAUGUUAUCCCAUCAGCUUCCAAAGAUCCAGAAUUUAAAGCUAUUGUCGCUGAAGUUGCCCAUAACGACUUGGUCACUCUCCUUCGACAGAGACAUAAAGAGCUUGUCAACUCGGGGAGACUAAUCAUCCAGAUAUUAGAUGACACUUUACCAACUGUAAUGUCAAGUGUGAUUUUUAAUUCAACAACAGAAAUAAUGUGCGCUAAAGGAUUUAUAAGUGAAGAAGAAAAAAGAAGCAUCACUGUGCCUACUUAUGGAAGGUCUGACGAAGAAAUACAAAGGGCUUUAGCUGAAGUUUCUAGCCUUUAUAGAGUAAUAUCAUUAGGAAAAGUAGGUGGCGAGCAAUUUUUACAUGAAGAUCUACCUCCUGAAGUGUUGCCUAAAGUUCUUGAUGGCUUUAAAAGACUAUCUCUAUCUUCAUUGAAGGGGAUAUUACAAAAAGUAGUCAAAAAAAGUGAAGAAGAAAGAAAUCAAAUAUAUGAGCAUUAUAUAAGGGAAGUUACAGAUUUCAUUGAGACUAAUCAAAAUUGGAAUUGGUCACAAUAUCAUUCAAUUGUUCUUGAGAAGAUUUCUCCAUAA